AUGACUUUGGUGCAAGCGACAUGGAGUGUAAGGGGAUCGAAAGCACUUGCCGGUGCUAUGAGUCUGCAGACUGGCCCACCAAUCGUGGGAGUAGAGCGGGGACUGGUCGAGGGAUUGAAGUACAACGGCUCUACUUCUGGUACCUACUUUGAUGCAGUGUCCCCACUGGUAUCGAGUGUGGAAGACGCCUGCGAUAUCGAGCACUCUUUGGGAGCUCCGAUAGGCCAUAUGGUCCAUGGCAUAUUGCGUACGCGCGAUCAGAUCCAGUCAAAACCCGAUACGUGCUUGCGCACCGCUGUCGUGCUCAUUAGCAAUAAUGUAUCACUCCGUCGUGGGAAUUUGGUCGCUUUGCUGCCCUUAGCCCCUCCAGAAACCUUACGUAAGGGAUUCAGUCGUCACCCGCAACGAUCUGAAUACCCCGCCACCGGUGGCCGCCUUUUGGUGUUGUCGAGUGUGGAAGAUGCCUGCGGUUCGGAGUGCUUCUCGGAGCCUCUGCAUGUCCUCUGGGACCAUGGCAAAUUACCAUGUCCAACCCAGAGUAGCCCUCUGGACAGGAAGUGGGUUGGGCCUUGUCCAAUGGGCAAGGUUCGAUUUGCUAUCCACUGUGCCGGUGCAUCCCGGUCCCCGGUGGUCGGGAGCUGGAUGCUCAAUUCCAUGUUGUGGCUCGAAAAGACUGAUUGUGUUGGUGCGCACCCACGUCCACAAGAGGCUUUCGAUUCAGACUGGAGGCUUGAAUGUUACACGCUGUACUGGUGCAUGUCAACCAACAGCGACAUCACCCACAUUCAACAUGGUGACGAGAUUUGUAACCCGAGAUCUCAACAUCUCACCUCGAAGUGUCCAAGCUGUGCGAUGAUGGCACCCACAGUGACAACUCUCACACUUCUUUGA